AUGACUGAAGCUUCACUUGAACAGAUUAAACUGAUGGGUACUGCAUGCAGCCAUACAUCAACCAUGAAUCGGCUUCACAGUGGAAGAGUUCCCCCAUGUCGUUCAUCAGCUAUAACAUUAGUACCAGCAUUCUCAGAGGUGUCAUUUCCUAGUUUUCCAGAGCAGAGAUUAUCUUUUGUUGAAAGGGAACUGCCUAUUAGUUCUGUCACCUCAUUUGAUACUUCUAUGGCUGCACAUGACACCAUGUCAACACAUAUGUUAGCUUCCAAUUUCACCAACGAAUCACCUAAUAGGCAGCUUUGUUCUGGAUCAUAUGUUACUGAGCCAUGUGAUCCUGAUACUCCAUUGCUACCAUCGCAUUCAUCAUUAAUGGGUAAUUCAAGGCCUUUGGUGAUGGACAUUCCAGAAAUAUCUGAACAGAUAUGUUCGAACCAAGAACAACUCCUAGGUUUAUUUGAUUAUCCAACAAGUGUCGAUUUUUCCAAAUCAAAAAAUGUGACCAUCUUUGGCCAGCAAGUUCAAGACACCAUUACAGUCGAUCCUAACACUCACCUUACACCACAAAAUGAGUGGUUCUCGUCUGGGAGUUCCAUGCAGCUUCAGAAGAAUGUAGGUUCUGCUGAAUCUGUGCUGAAGACAGUUGAUUCAAGAAGUGCAACACCUCAAAGUUACUUAUACGGCCAUACUCAGAGGAGUGUACCAGAUCGUUCCAACUGUGAUAAACUUGGCGCUGACAGCCUCCCUUCUUCAAACACUGCUCCAAAGCCAAGGAUGCGCUGGACACCUGAGCUUCAUGAGCGUUUUGUUGAUGCUGUUAACAAGCUCGGUGGGAGCGAAAAAGCAACUCCAAAAGCAGUCCAGAAGGUUAUGAAGGUCGAAGGAUUAACUAUAUACCAUGUAAAAAGCCAUCUGCAGAAGUACCGUACAGUUCAACAUCGUUCUGAAUCAUCAGGUGGUGUGUCUGGAAGGAGAGGCAGCCAAGCAGAUGAUGACUCCAUUCCGCAAUCAAAAGGCAAAGGGAACGUUGAAGGACUAAUGGCACAGAUUGGCAUGCAGAAACAACUUCACGAACAACUUGAGAUCCAAAGAAAGCUGCAGCUGCAAGUCGAGGAACACAGCAAGUACCUUGAAACGGUAAUUGCGAAGCAAAACGAGAGCCUUAAAAGGCUUGGAGCGCUGCGAGGUUUCCGAGAUCAAGUGCGGCGGAUUUUGCAAGACAGCGAAGCGCCUGAAGAAUGGACACAUUCUGCACAACAGAGAUAG